CUUCGCAGGAAAGCGGUGUCAACAUUGAUUCAAUGGUAACACUACUACAAAUUUCAUCUAAAAUUUCGCUAGUGGUCCCAUUAUGAGGGUUGCAUAAGGUCUAUAAAUAAAGUGGCCUCAUAUAGAUGCCCUGCGGAGAGGAUCGCAGGUCCAACGAAUAAUUCUAAUCCGAAACAAAAAACCCGGAAAACACACAUGGAAUAUCAGUAAACAAGAUGGCGGACUUUGGAAGCGGCACAAAAAGAAGAUAUGAUUUUGGUGGUGAUAUUUUGGAGGCUACUGGAGGAGGGCAGUUAGUUCCAGUGAAAAAGCAGAAGAAUGAGAUAGAAGUCUUAAAUGAACAACAAAAGUCUCUUGCGGCUGUGUCAAGAUCAUCAUCCCUUCAAGCGCCGAUCAUGUUAUUGACAGGGCAUGAGGGAGAAAUAUUUUGCAGCCGUUUUCAUCCAUCUGGAAAAACCCUUGCAUCAGCAGGUUUUGACAGGCAAAUAUACUUGUGGAAUGUUUAUGGUGAUUGUGAAAACUUUGCUGUACUAAAAGGACAUGCAGGAGCCAUCUUGGAUAUGCACUAUACACCUGAUGGAGACACAUUGGUUACGUGUUCUUCAGACAAAACUAUUGCAUUAUGGAAUUAUGAUACUGGUGCAAAAAUUAAAAAGUUUAAAGGGCAUUCAUCAUUCGUAAACUCUUGUUGUCCUGCUCGACGAGGUCCGGAACUUGUGGUUAGUGGCUCAGAUGACUGCACAGUAAAGUUGUGGGACAGAAGAAAGAAGACUGCAGUACAGACAUUUCAAAACACCUACCAAGUCACAGCAGUAUGUUUUAAUGACAAUUCAUCCCAAAUAAUGUCUGCUGGUAUUGAUAACCUGAUCAAAGUUUGGGAUUUGCGCAAGAAUGAUGUAUUAUUUAGUAUGUCAGGUCACACAGAUUCUGUGACGGGCUUUCGACUGAGUCCAGAUGGAUCGUUUUUACUUUCAAAUUCUAUGGAUAACACAGUAAGAAUUUGGGAUAUCCGUCCUUUCGCUCCAGUUGAACGUUGUUUAAAGUUGUUCAUGGGAGCACAUCACAACUUCGAAAAGAACUUGCUAAAGUGUACAUGGUCACCUGAUGGUCGAUAUGUAGCUUCAGGAUCAGCUGACAGAUUUGUCUACGUGUGGGAUACAGUCACAAGAAAGAUUUUAUACAAGUUACCUGGACACAAUGGUUCUGUCAAUGAUGUUGAUUUUCACCCAGAUGAACCAAUCUUAAUGUCGUGUGGAAGUGAUCGAAAAAUCUACCUUGGUGAAUUGUUCGUUGGCUAACGCAUGGAUAAUCAGUGAAUAUAAGAGGUGUACAUUGUAACGAAACGUGUAAGUUGGAUGUGUUUGGUGAAAUUUAAACAGACAAAAACAAGAACAAAGAUGUUUAUGUUUGUGCUACAAAUUCCACGUUGAUGUAAAGUUGCAGCAGUAAUGUCAACUCAGAUUAUGUAUAAUAUCAAAAUUUUACAUCGUACUGUUGCGCAUACGUUUUUUAGGUGUGCUCUGAACUAAUGGUGCCUGUUACGUGUUUUUCAAAUCUUUUGGCGAAAGAGAUUGUUUAAUUUUUUCAUAAAACUUUUGCUCCAUAAAACAUAGGCCAUCUAUUGAGUUAAGUGUAUAUUAUUCCUCCAUGAUAAUGAUGUUGAACAUCAUGUAGUACGCUUUCAUUUUUAACUGUUUUCCCAAGUUCUGAAAUAAAAAGGGAAAUUUUGUGUCUAAUUAAUUAUUAUUAUUUCUGCAAUCGUCCACCUUUUUUAUUUGGUGUGACUUGAUGUGACUUUCACAAUAUUUUUCAAAUGUAACCCCUGCGCCUUUAACAUUUGCAGGUAAGGCAUUUUUUAAUAUUUUGUACAUAAUAUGACAGGUUAAAUAAACGAUAGACACAUA